AGAGCAACCGUUGGAUUUAGGGACGGAGUCAAUAAGUCAAACAAUAUCACAGUACAUCAAUUCGGGUACCUGUUUCAGCAACAAUGCAGAAAUUGUUAGCAUUUGUAAUUGGUCUGAUUGGAGCUUUAUACAUGUUGCCAGUGUUUCCCCUCUGGAAUACGAGAGUGCCACCAAAAGUUACAGAAGUUAACUCUUUACUGACCGAGUAUGAUUAUAUAAUAGUUGGUGCGGGGGCUGCAGGUUCAGUUCUGGCCAACAGACUAUCGGAAGACCCCAAGAAGACGGUACUCCUACUCGAGGCUGGACGUGACGAUACUUAUGAUGACCGCAGCGAGAUUCCCAUAUUUUGCGAUCACCUUCAGCUGACAAAAUAUGACUGGCAGUACAAGACUGUGCCCCAGAAACAUUCCUGUAAAGGCCUCAAUGAUCAGGUGAGUUUCUGGCCAAGUGGAAAACUACUGGGUGGAUCAACCCGCAUUAACUGCAUGCAAUAUACGUGGGGAUCUAGACACGAUUACGACCAAUGGGAGGCCCUUGGAUGCAAGGAUUGGGGGUUCAGAAACCUUCAUCAAUAUUUUCUGAAAUCUGUUGGAGUCAUUGGUCAGACAAGCACAAAUGUGACUGAUGCCCUACUGAAACUAAGUGUGGUGAAACAGACAAAGGGUAUAGAUGUAUUACUCGAGGCAGCUAGAGAACUGGGCUACCCCACUGGGGACAAUACUGGAGAAGGACUUGAAGGAUUUAGUCCUUAUUUGGCCAAUCUUUGGCAAGGAGAAAGAUACCACACCUCAAGAGCAUUUGUAGAACCCGCAAGUCUCAGAGCCAAUCUUCAUGUUUCCACUGAAUCUUUUGUAACCAAGGUGAUCAUCCAGAACAAACAGGCUAAUGCAAUACGAUUUGUGAAAGAUGGACAAAGACUGCAAGUAGGCGCAAAGAGGGAGAUCAUUCUCUCUGCAGGGGCAGUAGGCUCUCCUAAGAUACUUAUGCUCUCUGGGGUAGGACCUAAACAGCACCUGGAUGACAUGAAGAUACCUCUUGAGGCUGAUUUACCUGUUGGAGAAAACCUCCAAGAUCAUCUCAGGACAAAUCUACAUAUAGAAACAGAGGGAGAUAUACCUGGGAAACAUGUGGAAUCUAUAUGGAGCAAAUUAAAGUACAGCCUGUUUAGAACUGGCUACAUGACUAUGCCUUAUGGUUUGGAAGGGACGGGUUUUUUGAGAUCGAAGCACCAAGCUAAAGACGACCAAGCUCCACAUAUACAAUACCAAAUGAUAAGUGUACAAGCACCCCCUGAAGAUAAACUCAAUCAAGCUAAAAGUAAUUAUAAACAAAAGAUUUGGAAAAAUUUAUUUCAAGACAGCAAACCAGGAUUGACAUUCACCAGUAUAUUACUGCAUCCUAAGAGUCGGGGAUCAAUAAAACUGAAAAGCACAGAUCCGUUUGACCAUCCCCUCAUAGACCCCCAGUACUUGACAGAGCAACAGGAUCUGGAUAUCCUCAUAGAAGCUCGAGAAAUUGCAGAACAAUUUGCAACGACAGAACCCUUUAAAGCUUUGAAUGCUAAAGUUCAAAAUGCCAUACAUCCAGAUUGUAAAGUGCACAAAGUUGGAACGAAAGAGUACAAUGAAUGCUUUGUGAGACACCAAGCUGUGACAAUAUACCAUCCAGUUGGUACAUGCAAAAUGGGUGCCCAAAAUGAUGAUUCUGCAGUUGUUGACCCUGAGUUAAGGGUUCGUGGUAUCAAAGGCCUAAGAGUUGCUGAUGCUUCCAUUAUGCCAACUUUACCAUCAGGUAACACAAAUGCACCAACCAUCAUGGUAGCAGAAAGAGCCGCUGAUUUAAUAAAAGGACUUUGAGU